AUGACGGCGAGUGGGACUUGCAGUAGUCGUGGGAGUUCGACCGAGACGGUGGACGACGUCCUUGUGAAAGUUGGGAUUCCACGUGGAUGCGACGUCUGGCUGCUGGUCUUUUGCUUUUCCGUGGGUGGGGGCGCCCCUGAGCUGGAGGGAGUGCCAGGAUGUGAAUGA